AUGAGCAUGAUUACAAGAGUAGGAGGUAUUGCGUUGACAGUGCUUCACCCGAUUGCCAGGAGGUGUUCGAAGCGUAGGAUAGACGCGUUCGUCACGCACCGCUUUUUGCAUGGAGUCCACAGUAGUUUGUACGAGCAUGUGCGCGAAGGCUAUAGCGACAAGCCCGAUCUGGAUAUGAGAGCAGUGUGUCAGGAGCCCGGCAAAGUCAUAGCUAAUGUGGAGAGCAGGAAGGGGGAUCUGCGAGGGGAUGAUAGCAAGACGGACAAGAAGGCCCUUGCUAAUCUCCCAGAAUACACACAGGCCCUGCAGAGGGGUCGGGAGAUCCGCAACAGACUCAAUCAGCUGUACCUGAAAGAAACUGAACUGGAUCAGGAACACUACAGCCGAGCACUCAGACUGCCCAACACCACACACCCUGAUGUGCCCAUUGGAGAUGAGAGCCAGGCAAGGGUUGUGGAGCUUGUUGGACAGAAACCAGAGUUUGACUACAAGCCCAAAGGCCACGUAGAGCUGGGGGAGGAGUUGGGUCUGAUCAGGCAGAGGCAUCUAUCUCAUGUCUCAGGUCACAGGUCUUACUAUCUGAGAGGAGCGGGGGCCAGACUACAAACCGCACUCCAGAACUUUGCCCUGGACACACUGCAGCGACUGGGUUUCAUUCCCAUGGUUGUGCCCGACAUGCUGAAGGGGGCUGUGUUUGAAGGCUGUGGGAUGCAGCCGAAUGCCCAUCGUUCUCAGGUCUAUUCCCUGGACCCAGCUCGUUUCCCAGACCUUAACCUGGCUGGCACCGGAGAGGUCGGGGUGGCAGGCUAUUUCAUGGAUCACGCCGUAAACUGGAAGGACCUGCCUGUAAGGACAGCAUGCAGCAGCACCUGUUACCGAGCAGAGACGGACACAGGCAGGGAAACAUGGGGGCUCUACAGAGUUCAUCACUUCUCUAAGGUUGAGAUGUUUGGAGUGACAGCUGAUGAGACUGGAAAUGAGAGCUCUGAGCUGCUGGAGGAGUUUGUCUCUUUGCAAAAGGAGAUGUUUUCUGCUCUGGAGCUGCACUACAGAGUGCUGGACAUGCCCACUCAGGAGCUAGGUCCUCCAGCACACAGAAAACGCCUCAACAUUGUGUAUGAGAGGGAGGACGGCAGCCUGCAGUACGCCCACACGGUAAACGCUACAGCCUGCGCAAUCCCCCGAACCAUAAUUGCUAUCCUGGAGACUCACCAGACCAAAGCCUGGGUGCAGCUGUCAUCCGGCGGCUUCACAACAACAGUGACAGGUGAUCCAAGGAGAGAUGACUGGGAAAAGAAGAUCUGUCGGGAGUCAACUGAAAUCCUGUCACUGCCGGAGUCGCGGUGCUCGCUCCCCGUCCGCAGCUCCGUUCAGGAGCUCGAUAAAGUGCAAAGACACCAGGGUCUUCUCAGAGAGCUGCAGAGACUGGCUGAAGAGGAGAAAGAAAAGGAUCAGGAGGAUGAAAGGAAGCGGUACGAAUACAAUUUGUCCGACGACGAGGGUGACUUUGUGGAGGGGGAUGACAAGGAAGAAGAGGGGGAUCUGAGCCCUGAUGAAAAGAAGACGGAGGAAAUUGAAGAAAACCCAACAGGUGAUGAUGACGCCAAGAGAAAGAUGACAGAGGAGCCGCGGAUUGAAAGCAGAGGAACAGAUAAUGAAGAAGAGAGAGCUAAGGAGCUUGAGGAGCUGCUUGCCGAAGAAAUCACCAAGAAUGGCAAGGAGGAGAGGAACGAUGAGGAGCUUAAACAACUUCUUAAAGAGCUGAAAAAGAAGCGCUAUGAGGCUGUGAAAGAGCGGGAGAUCCAAAAAGGCUCUGAAACAGAGCAGGAACGGGAAGCGGAGGACGAGAAGGAAAAGCUGAACAAAGACAAAGAGAAGGAAACUGUGGAGGACUUGGAGAAGUUGAGGAUCGAAGAGAGGAGGAACAAUGAAGUGGAGCUGAUGGUGGAGAAAGAAAAGGUGGAGAAGGAGCUGAAGGAGUUGCUCAAAGAGCAGGACAGCCGGAGCAAACCUGAGCAGGAGAGGGAGAGGAAGGAGAAGCAGGAGGAGCUGGAGGAACUCGUCCGAAAGAUGAAGCGCGUGCAGGAGGAAGAGCAGCCUGGCGAGCAGGUGCAGGAGAAGGAAGGCAGCGAGUCGGAUGGAAAGAUGGGAGGCGAGCAGAGCAGGGAGAAAGCGGACGAGGCGCAGAAUGAGCCUGAUGAGAAAGCCAAAAAUGAAGUCCAGGAGAAGGACGGAGUGGCUGAGGUGAAGGAGCCACAGCAGAAGAGAAUGAUGGAGAAAGCCAGCGAUGAGGCCACACGGCAGUUUGAGCGGGAGAGGUACAAAGAGGAAGAGGAUGAUAAAGACGGGGAGGAUGAGGAGGACGAGGAUGAAUACAUUAGAGAAGACGAAGAAGGGGAGGAGGAUGAAGAUAAUGAGGAUGAGGAGGAUACUGUGGAGGAUGAAGGGGAGGAGCUUCUGGAGAUUGAAGCAGAGCUUCGCAAAGUGGCCGCAGAGCUUAGGGAGCUCCGCCGAGGAUAAUCCACUCCUUUUUGUCACACUCUAAACCGCACAUCUCCCAUUCAACAGCCACCACAGUCUUUUAAGCACUCAGAGGAAUGUCUUCAAAAGGCAUUUAAGUAAAUCGUAAACAGAGAAUAGCCGAAAGUGUACAUACUCUAGUAUCAUGUCGACUUUUAAACUGUCCAGGGAGAGAAAGAAAAGAAAAACAGAGGGAAAGCUUUCACUGUUUCCUCAGCUCAGUGCGUCCCUGCACAAUUAAAAAGAGCAAUAUUCUGGAGAGUCUGAAGGCUCGUGUCCAUCACUAGUGUUUUUGAGUAAAUGUAUAUGCUGUUUGUAAAAGGUAGACAGGGUAUAUCCAGUUUUAAUAGCUGUCACCAUCGUUCCGAUUUUUAUUAUGACCGGAGGUGGGCAGCCAUCACGAAUCGCGAAUGCUUAUAAUCGACUCCAAAAAGCGUUGUAAAAUGUUUUGACUGUUAACCAUACGCAAUGCUGAGAUUUAAACACGGGGAAGUCAUUGUUUCCUUUCUCUUUUCUUUGAGGAUCAAGUAGAAACGGGGAUUGCGUUUCAUUUGGCUCACGCACUGUUAAAACUUGACUGUUUGUAACGAACCGAAGUGACGAGCACAGCCGAAAAGGGAAAAAAAAGAAGAAAAAAAACACAAACGAGGACUGAUAUCCAGGUCGUCUUUUGCGUCACAGGUGUAGCGGCGACAGAAUGUGCUGUACUUUAGAGCUUAAAAGCUCUAAAAGCGUCACUUCGGGUUCGAGCUUUGCACUCUUAAUGUCAACAAGCCAAGGAGGAGACGAGGGAAGGAGGUAGGGACAUACUAAAGCCAUUUGUUGUCUUUUUAGUAAGAGCAACAUUGACAGUGUGCACUGGUGUUUCAUCACUCAUUUCAAGGCUGUCACUUUGUAAGUGUAAGUAUUAGGCGUGUGGACUUGGAAGCCAAGGUUCGAAGUGAUAUAAAGCAACGGCGCCCCCAUGAGGACGGUUGGUAGAAAUACAACCAGAGCAGGGUUACCAGUGGAGGCCCAAUUGAUUGCAAUAACAUGUAGUAGUUUGUAUUACAGCACAUUUGAAUGCAAUAAAUACCCAAAUGAGUUAUUUCAUGUGCUUAAGUAUUCCUAGAGCAAAUAUAUUCCCUCACUUUUCUACCACACCCAGAUUUACAGCACAUUUAUGCAUUUGGUCAAGUAGCUAGUGCAAACAUGAAUAACACAAUACGAGUUAACAUCAAAAGAGCACUCUGUCACAAGGAGGAAAAGUUUGCCCACUUGGGAAUAAAAUAACAAUGAAUGUACUGUUGUUUUUCUUCAUUAGUAUGGUUUUUAUCUGUUUUUUUUACAUAGGGGAAUAAAAUGUAACAAUUUACUAACCAGCAAGAAUGCCACAGAAAGUGUCUGCGUGUUCCCGGACGUCAUGAACGACUCAAACAACAGGAAAAAAAACGGGAAAAAAUUUUUAUUUGCAAUAUUUAUUACCAAUUGGAGUGCUGUAUUUUGUGCCUGCUGUAUUCUCUUCUAUGCUACCUGUCAAUCAAUAAACAGAGUGU